AUGACGGAGCGCGACUCGUCGCCCUCGUCGACGCUCGCUGAGCGCAACCCCGCCGCCGAGCCGCCGGCGUCCCCUACUGCGGAGACGCCCGUGCCGAGCCAGCCGAUGGCCGCCUCCAGCACUGUUCCCGCGCCUCCCAUGGCCGUUUCAAACCCCGUGGAACGCACCGAUACGACAGACGACCAGACCAAGGGCUCGGACGACGGCCACGAUGUCGACGAAAAGAUCCAGCCCGGCAAGACGUUCGCCGACGGUGGCGACGUGUACGCCGAAAAGGCCAUUGUCGAUGUCGAGUAUGACGGCCAGGUCCGCAAGGCCAUGAUCGUCGUCGAGGAGAAGACGGGCAAGGAGCUCCUCAAGGACGUGACUGGUGGGCCGUACACCAUGCCUCAAUGGCGUCAUUCGUUGCCGUUCAUGAACCCCAAGUACCCUCCCCCGCCUCCUCCUCUCUCGCUCAACGACGCGCCCAUCACUCCCGAGGUCACAGCUAGCUUCUUCAGCUUCCUCUACUUCAACUGGAUCAGCCCCAUGAUGGCGCUGGGCUCGGCCCGUCCCCUCCAGCCGACCGAUCUGUGGAAGAUGGACGAGAAGCGCAGCGCCGGUGUGCUCGCUGGCAAGCUUGCCGACUAUUACCAGGCGCGCAAGCUCAAGGCCGAAGAGUACAACAAGCGUCUCGCUGACCCAUCUACCCCUCUCCCCUUCACCCAGCGUGUCCUGUACCCGAUGCUCCCGCACCGCGAGAAGCGCGAGCACGACUACCGUACCAAGCACGGCCUCAAGAAGCCCUCGCUCGCGUGGGCCCUCUCGGACACGUUUGGCAUGUAUUUCUGGAUGGCCGGUAUCAUCAAGUUUGUCGCCGACCUCGCCACCUCGUGCUCGCCGCUCGUCCUCCGCGCCCUCAUCGCCUGGGCCACAAAGUAUGAGUACGCCAUGCAAGGUGUCGGCCACUACCCCAGCAUCGGACAGGGUAUCGGUAUGGCCAUCGGCCUCCUCCUCAUGCUCCUAGUCUCGUCCAUGGGUGUUCACCACUACUUCCUGCGCUCCAUGGGCGUCGGUGUCCUGUCCCGCGCGGCCCUCAUCUCGGGUAUCUACGAGCGUGCCAUGAGGCUCACACAAAAGGCCCGCGGCGAACUGCCCAAUGGAAAGAUCGUCAACCACAUCAGCACAGAUACCUCUCGCAUUGACUUUGCUGCUGGCUUCUUUCACCUUAUCUGGACCUCCCCCCUCCAGUUCAUUGUCAUUACGGUCAUCCUUCUCGUCGAAAUUGGUUACAGCGCCCUGCCAGGCUCCGUGGGUCGAGGACGGGUGGAGAGUCGACGGAGAGCCGGCUCCGUGGCAGUCAGUCGAUCUAGCGACAUGAGGAGGCGGAAACUGAGUAACGAGGAGACAAGGAGCAAACAGAAGAGGGCAGACAAGGCGCGGCAGACAACCUGCGCUCAGUUGACUCGCCCACGCGUGGCGGCUUCGCUUUCGUGGCUCAUUGGUGCUAGCUCCCACAUUCACACCUGUUGGACCAUUGCUCACACCAACAGUAUCGGCUUCCUGCUUGUCAUGACACCCGCCCAGGCGAUUAUUAUGAAGUAUCUCUUUGCCAUUCGCAAAAAGGCCAUGGUCUGGACGGACAAGCGUGCCAAGCUCCUCCAAGAGAUUCUCGGCGGCGUCCGUAUCGUCAAGUUCAUGUCCUGGGAGAACGCCUACCUCGAGCGCCUCGGUGCCAUCCGUGGCAUGGAAGUCAAGUACAUUCGCCAGCUUCUCGUCGUGCGCUCUGCGAUGAUGGCCUUUGCCAUGUCCCUGCCCGUCCUCGCCACUGUCCUCGCCUUUAUCACCUACACGCUUACCUCCCACAGCCUUGAGGCUGCCACCAUCUUCACCGUCAUCUCGCUCUUCCAGCUCAUGCGCAUGCCUUUGAUGAUGUGGCCCAUGACUCUGUCGGCUACUGCGGAUGCUCUCAAUGCUCUUGGCCGUCUCCAGGCCGUCUUCGACGCCGAGGUUACCACCGAGGAACGUGUCAUCGACCCCAGCCUGCUCGAGGCUGUUCGCAUCGACCACGCCUCGUUCACCUGGGACGCUGCCCCUCCCGUUGAGGAGGAGGUCGCCAAGCUCGAGGCCAAGCUCGCUGCCGCGCAGGCCAAGAAGGCCGGCAAGGCCGCCCCUGCUGCUGACAAGGCCGAGAAGGUUCCCAAGUCUGGUGCCGUCACGCCCAACGCCAAGUCUGGCGUCGCCACCCCCGAAAACCCCAGUGCUGCCCAGCAGAACAUUUUCCAGCUCAAGGACAUCAACCUCUCGAUCCCCAAGGGCUCGCUGACUGCCAUUGUCGGCGAGAUUGGAUCCGGCAAGUCGUCGCUCCUCCAGGGCCUGAUGGGCGAGAUGCGUCGUACCGAGGGCAAGGUCACCUUCUCUGGCUCGACCGCGCUUUGCGCCCAGACACCUUGGAUCCAGAACGCCACUGUCCGCGAGAACAUUGUCUUUGGUCAGCCUUGGGACGAGGAGCGCUACUGGAAUGCUGUCCGUGACUCGUGCCUUGAGCCCGACCUCGAGCUCCUCGAAGACGGUGACGGUACCGAGAUUGGUGAGAAGGGUAUUACGCUUUCCGGUGGUCAGAAGCAGCGUGUCAACAUUGCUCGCGCCAUCUACUUCAACGCCGACAUUAUCGCUCUCGACGACCCUCUUUCCGCCCUCGACGCCGGUGUCGGCAAGGCCAUCUUCCACAACGCUUUCCUCGGUGCCCUCGCUGGCAAGACCCGUAUUCUCGUCACUCACGCUCUCCACUUCCUGCCCAACGUCGACUAUAUCAUCACCCUCGAGGAUGGCCACAUCUCUGAAACCGGUACCUACCAGGAGCUCAAGGACAAGAACGGCGCGUUCUCGCGCCUUGUUGCCCAGUUUGGCGCCGAGGACCACGAGGAGAAGGAGGCCGAGGACGAGGAGGAGGCCAUCGAGGUCACUGAGGGCUUCUCUACGCGCAAGGUUGACCGCUCCAAGCUCGUCUCUCGCGGUAAAGGUGCCCACCAGCUUAUGCAGGAGGAGCUCCGCAGCGUCGGUACUAUCAAGGGCAACACUUGGGGCGGCUACUUCAAGGCCGGCAACGGUUGGAUCCUCGUCCCCUGUGUUCUCAUCGCCGUCAUCAUUGCCCAGGCCUUCACCGUCAUCACCUCGUACUGGAUGAUUUGGUGGCAAAAGUACGAGUGGGGACACAACAACAACUGGUUCAUGGGCAUCUAUGCCGCACUUGGUGUUGGCUCGGCCAUCUCUGCUUUCUUCAUGGGCUUCACCAACGCCAUCCUCAACUACUUUGCAUCGGUCAACCUCCACCGCGGAGCCAUCAACCACGUCCUGUUCGCCCCCCAGUCCUUCUUUGACACGACUCCUCUUGGCCGUAUCAUGAACCGCUUCAGCAAAGAUGUGGACACAUUGGACAACACCCUCUCUGACGCGAUGCGUAUGAGUGUCAGCACUCUGGGUAACAUUAUCGGAGCGAUCGUCCUUCUGGCCAUCAUCUCGCCAUGGUUCUUGAUUGCCGUCGCUGUCGUCCUUCUCUGCUACUACCACUGCGCCAUGUUCUACCGCCGCUCGUCGCGCGAGUUCAAGCGUAUCGACUCGCUCCUCCGUUCGUCGCUGUACUCGCACUUCUCCGAGUCACUCUCGGGCAUCAGCACCAUCCGCGCUUACGGCGAGAGCCAGCGCUUCUGCGAAGAGAACAUUCAACGCAUGGACACUGAGAACCGCGCCUACUACCUCACCACUAUCAACCAGCGUUGGCUCGGUAUCCGUCUCGACAUGCUUGGUUCGCUCCUCACUUUUGCCGUCGCCCUCAUCGUCGUCCUCAACCACAAGAUCACUGCCGCCAAGUCUGGUCUUGGUCUCUCGACUAUGCUCACUGUCCAGCAGGCGUUCUCGUGGCUUGUCCGCCAGCUCGCCGAGGUUGAGAACGACAUGGUUUCGGCCGAGCGUGUCAUGGAGUACUCGAACGACCUCGAGCAGGAGGCACCCCAGGAGAUCCCCGCUACCAAGCCCUCGCCCGCGUGGCCGGCACACGGCCAGAUCGAGUUCAACAACGUCGAGAUGAAGUACCGUGAGGAACUGCCCCUGGUGCUCAAGGGUCUCUCCAUGAACGUCCAGGCUGCCGAGAAGAUUGGUAUCAUUGGUCGUACCGGUGCCGGCAAGUCGUCCAUCAUGGUGGCUCUCUUCCGCAUGGCCGAGCUUUCGGGCGGUUCUAUCACCAUUGACGGCGUCGACAUUAGCAAGAUUGGUCUCCACGACCUUCGCUCGCGCAUUUCCAUCAUCCCUCAGGACCCCCUCCUCUUUUCGGGUACCCUCCGCACCAACAUCGACCCCUUCAGCACCAAGUCGGACGCCGAGCUCUACGACGCUCUCAAGCGUGCCCACCUCAUCCCCUCGGCCACAUACGGCCACGGCGGUGGUGUGGACGGAACCGAAACCCCUACUUCCCGCUUCAACCUGGACUACGUGGUCGAGGAGGAAGGCGCCAACCUGUCGGUCGGCGAGAGGUCGCUCGUUUCGCUCGCCCGUGCCAUUGUGAGGGACCCCAAGGUCCUGGUCCUCGACGAAGCCACCGCCAGCGUCGACCUGUCUACCGACGCCAAGAUCCAAGAAACCAUUCGCCGCGAGUUCCGCGACAAGACCCUGCUCUGUAUUGCGCACCGCUUGCGCACUAUCAUCGGAUAUGACAAGAUCCUUGUCAUGGCGGCAGGUAAUGUCGAGGAGUUUGGUACGCCGCUCGACCUGUUCGCCAACGACGGCCACUUUGCAGAGAUGUGCGCCAAGUCGUCGAUCACCCGCGAGGACAUUGUCCGCGCGCAGGAGGAGGCCCGGCACGACGCUGCCGACGCAGAGGCGGCCGCUGGCUUCCUCGCCGUCCCCAACAAGUAG